AUGCCUUGCCCCUUUGGUAGUAAGGGCUUACCACCUCCAGUUUACGUGCCGCCACGUUCUAGAGCCUUUCCAGGAGACUGGAUUUGUGGCUUGUGUGGCGACUUGCAGUUUGCAAGGAACUGGAAAUGCAGAGUGUGCGGUGGCCCAAGACCUCGAGAUGGUGGCUCGUGGUCGAUUAGGGCUUGAUGUUUUGUUGUGGUGCGAAUGACGCUCCGUGUUGUAACGAAGUGAUGCGCCAUGAGUCCUACUUUGGGUCCUCUGAACCGACGCUAGAACUACUUACAUUUUUCUGUGAUGACUCUGCAUUAUCAACGAUCUUGUUAAGUACUCGCUUGCGAAUAAAUUUAUGGUACUCAAAAUCAUACUUCAAAUCCUCUUCUAAUUCCAGUGGCAGCAAUAGAUGUGGCGAUUACUACCAUCAUCACCAUCAUCACGAGCACUACGGCAGAUCUUGGGGAAGUGGUGGUAGACGGUCUUCUGGCGGUAAUGGGUGCUCAUCCUCAGAAGGUCUCUUUUCUCAACGCUGUCUAGAACGCACACAGAGCAGAAGCAAAAGAGACGAUGGGCCUUACUCAAGACGUGGCAUUUUUGAGCGGAGAACGUCGAAUUAUUAUGGUGAAAUUUAUUAAAUAUAAGUAUGUAGAGAAGAAGAACAAGAAGUUGCAAGUGGACUUGGAGAGUCUGAUCGGGUAACUUUUUAGACCAAUACUAGUACAUCACGAUCAGGAAGAAAUACUAGACUAGAAGUGGCUGGGCGAACUUUUUGUAGACGCCGACGAGAAGUCCGAGAAUAUUAUUCUAAGGUCCUAUGGAAUUAUCCGAUGACGAAGAAGAUAGCGCACGUGGGUCGAGGUCUGCGAAUGGAAAGCUGAAGUCACGCAGUCGGGAAGACGAGGAUGAUGAAUUUAUGAAGACAAUUUGUAAGCAAGCAGAGGUCAUCAAGAAGAUCUUACACUCACAUCUAUUUUCAGUUGUACUACGAGUUGUACUCCUAAGAACUACUUAGGAGAAGCAGUACAGCUGGCUCCACCUCCAGCAUCUUCUAAAGCCUUCAGACGGGACUACAAACUUGACUUCUCGCCCAAGAGCACCUUGCUGCUUCCCGACGAGUCUUAUGAGCAAUUGAGGAAGGACGCCAAGCUCCGUUUAGAAGUGAACUUUCCAGAUAUAAAUCCUCGUACAUCAACUACGACAGACGGAAUUAUUACUACUUCCACCUCUACUACUGCAAUGCCAAUGCCAGCCUCUAGGGACGUGGUGAUGUCUGGGGAACAUGAAGGAUCAUGUCUGAACCUGGGAAUUCAUCCUGCGGGAAUCCUACUAGACAGCGCCUUGACGACAAAUAAAACCAUUAGUGAUAUCAUUAAGGCCUACCGUAGCCGUACCUACUCUUCUAUCUACUACCGUAGAUGUGAGGAGCAUCUUUGAAUGCGCAGAAUGCUUAAACAUGAGUUUAAUUAGAAGUCCCCGAGCUCGACUUCUAUGUACUCAUUUUUGAAGGAGAAAACAGCGUGUCAAAGAUGAGCUUCAAGAUGUUGACCAACUUGGGUCCUCAGCUCUAACAGGAGCGCCGCUGCUGUGCCGAAAGCGAUUCCAGCAAUCAUAGAUUCUACGUGUGCCAGUGAGUGUGGUGCUGCGACGACAUCUGCUUCCUCUCCUGAGUUGCUCAGUAGUGCAAGGAGCAGUCCCACAGCGACCUCGUCUUUGUGUCCAUUGCCGUCAUUAAGGCUUCUUCAUGUCCAUUACCGCUGGAGCAUGUCCUCAAAGAACAACACCAUGCAAAUCCAAAUGAUAGAUGUAGAUCCUUUAACGGUCGUGGUUCUUCUUUAUUUUCUACUUGAAAUGCACCCAUCAACAAGGAUCAUCUCAAGGAAGUAGAUGCAACUGUCUAAUAGCUCUAACGUCCCCGAGAGUCAACAAAAUCCCACCACCGACAAGGAGUGCCAGUAAAAUGCCCAGUCCAGCAACGUCUGCGUGUAGCUCUACCUCUGUAGGAGGCACGAGAACAUCGUCAACGGCGACAACCAUCUAUGCAGGAGCACAGAGCAGCAUCACUGGUGGUACUCCAGUAUUUCCACCUCACACCUCCACUAUAGUUCAACAACAUCCACAUCUACUUAGAGGUCAUCAGGGUGCGACAACAUCUGGUGGUACUAUCUACUACAACGGAGGUGGUUCUUACGGGACGUAUCCGUCAAGACGGGGCCACCAUCGGCAUCUCACUGGGCCUGAGAGGAGAGAGCUAGCUGCCAGUCGCAUCCGCCAUCACGUUCAUAAACCGAAGCCCCUAGACUACAAUCAAUUCAAUCCGGCUAAGACAUCUACUUCCACUUCAACUACUCCCAACGAAAUGGAGAACGACAAUGAGAAUGCAAGACCGUCGAAUGAAGGAGCCACUACACCAAAGAAGAAGGAUGAUGUUGGAGGUUCAACAUCUGCAUCUUCUGACACCAAGACUAGUACAAGUAUGGCAGAGCUGCAGGUGGAUCUAGAUACGGAAAACAAAGUAGUAGAACCACCUGGUGCAGCAGAUGGACAAAGUCGCGACACGAACAGGAUGAGCGCAGGAGGAGCAGAACAACGGGUGUCUGCCUCAUCUUCAGUAAUGAAUGCGAGUGGAGAUACUCCAGAAGUGCCUGCAGCAAAGGGCGCUAGAAGCGAGACGACGGAAGCUGCGGUGUCAUCUUCAGGAGAGGGAGCGAUGGAAACGGAUGUCAAUCUUGUACCGCAAGCACCACUAGGAGUUCAACGUGAAAACACAGGAGCGACUAAUGCCUUAUCGUCCUCGUUAGAUGCCAUAUUAACUGUUCAUCAACGUCAACUUCAGCAGGACCAAGAGCAGCAAGAGUUAGUCAGCGGACAGCAGCAGCAGGAGGCUGUGGAUCGUCAGCGAGAGGUGGCGCAGCGUGUUGAAAAUCUUCAAGCGGCUUUUACCCCGACAGAAGAUGCGCUUCCUCUUAACGCGAUUAGCGCUAGCAGUGUAGUUGUACCAGGCACAGAAGCUAAUCCUAUUCCUUUUAAUGCUACAGCUGCUUGCUUGAACCAAAACCAGAUUCCAACUUCUUCAUCGUUACAUGAAGCAUCGGCUACUUCGAAUACGUCGCCUAGUACCGCAGCAUCAGAUCCGUCGACAACGGAAGAAGUGAGAAAACAGUUAUCGAGCUGUGAAACUCCCAUCGCUGAUGCAGCAGAAGUUGGAGAUGCAACACUCGGGAAGGUACUUAUUUUGUCUCUCAUCACAGGUGAAGGUCCUCUUUUGCAUGCCUACUACAAACCACGUACUAUUUUUUACGUAAUAUGCAACGAACUUCGGCAGUGGAAUCAUUCAUGUUAAACUAACUAUGCUUCACGACUUUCCGUUCCAUUAUCGGCUUUUCAGGUUGUAACAUCGCGGGCCGUUCGCGUCCGUCCAGCACCGUACUGAGUCUUUCGGCGACAUGAAUUUCACUUUCGUAUACAAGCAAGGCUUAAGCAUCCAGUUCCUCACAUAGGAAGGUGGACAGCUCACAUCUAGUGAUGAAGAUUUGAUUUUCUUUUUUCAAUUUCGAAGACUCACUCAAUAAAAAGAUUCAGAUUUCUUACAAAGAUCAAUUUCAUUUUUUCGCAUUUUCAGCAUUCAACAAUACCUAAAGAUUAUGGUAGGUGCACAGAGUACAAUCGGUAAAUUUAGACUUUGCGCGGCUCGAACGAGAUAGUACUAGGACUCCGAUAGUAAUACUUAAAGCAUAAACUACGUAAAAAGUGUUAAAGAGAUGAAUAGAAAAGUGACGGAUUCUAACAUGGAUGAAACGUACCUGACCUGAGAUAAAAAACGACCUGGGUAUCAUUUACAAUACGAAGAGUUACAACAUAUUCAAUUUUGCUCAAUUACUCGUCAAAUUCGUUUUUUGAAGUCUGUUAUGGUGAUUACUGCCCUUAGGAAACAACAACAAGAAUCAAGAAUCUUCCAUUUUUCAAAAAUCAUCAUGAAUAAGCCGCUAGAAAACUGGUCAGCCCGUUUCGUUUUUCAAGAUUAAUCUCUAUGAUUGCUAGCAUCAGAAAAUCUAAAUUUCUUCUCAUCUUCAGGCUGUGUCCUGAACCUGAUCAACAACAACAAAAAUAUUGAUAUUCUUCGCAUCUCGUUCGUCGUUAGAGAAUCAUUAUCCAACUGGAGGGUUCUCACUUCAAUAUCAUAGAAUAAAAUCAAAAUGGUAAGAGUGGAGGAAGGAUGCACUUUUUUUGUUUCGAUUUAUUCCGUACUAAAAGUUUUGUUCCAUUCUGAAUCUUCAAUUUUUCGUAUGCUGCGUACGUUCAGACAGUCAUCAUUAAAUAUUGAAAAACGCUUCACCCUUAUCCAAGCGUCGCUACAUUUUUCGUCCAGAACUUGGGCGGUAUCAACGUCUCUUCUUUCGUGAACUAGAAAUCUGGUAGUAGGACAGAAAAUGUAUAGCUUUUGAUGAAGUUUCUUCUACAUGAAAUGCCCCUGAAAAAUGGACUGCCAAAUGCUUUAAAUAUUUUUUUAUCAGAAAUCCGCUCUCGCUUUCAAAUAUAUCUCCACCUCGCUUUCGCUUUCAUCUUUCAAGCUUCCACCUCCAGGUUGCCAUUGGAGCCUGUUG